CAAACCCGAACGUCACAGCUCGCAAGAAGGCCGUGUCUCCACCCUCGCGACCACUCUCACUCUGCCCGCUCUGCCGACACCGACACAUUCACACCAUCCUUUCCCCUCUCACGCCUAUGACUACAACUACAUUGUGCGACCAACCCUCAGCAACUCGCCUGUGAUCACGGGACUGCCCAUCGUUUCAUCCGACCCCGCCGCUCGCACGAUAACGACCCGAUCGCCCACUCAACAGAAUAUUGUGCAACCGCUGCUCCUCCUUCACCUGGAACACAUCGCCUCGAGUAUGAUCGUGAGGAUAUACUCCCUACGAUAGUGCCCUCUCCGGGCUAUGCAGGACCCGCCGAGUUCUGCCAUGUCUUCACAAUCCGAUGGCGGCCAAUACACAAGAUCCACAUUGGUGCAGCGUUCGCCGUACCCGAAGCUUGCAAUAUGGUCGACGAGGCUCUCCAAUGCGAGCAUCAACUCGUUCUCGGGGGCAAUGGCCGGCAUGGCGAGUGGUAUUGUCACAUGUCCGCUGGACGUGAUCAAGACGAAAUUGCAGGCACAAGGCUCCUUCUUGAACCCGAACUUGCAGUCGAAAGGUCCGCCUGCCAGCGCAGUAUACCGGGGUAUGAUUGGAACUGCGAGGGCUAUCAUUCGGCAAGAUGGAGUGAAAGGCAUGUAUCGCGGACUGGGACCAAUGCUGCUCGGGUAUCUGCCAACCUGGGCUGUCUAUAUGGCCGUCUAUGACAGUAGCCGGGAAUAUUUCUACGCACAUGGCUACGGCGAAACGAAUAGGGACAAGUGGCUGGCCAGAGUUUAUGCAUCGGUCACGGCUGGAGCAUGCAGUACCAUCACGACGAAUCCUAUUUGGGUGAUCAAGACUCGACUAAUGUCGCAAAUAUCACGCACGGCCUCUGACGGCCAUCGAACACCCUGGCACUACUCCAGCACGCUGGACGCUGCCCGACAGAUGUACAGGUCUGAAGGUCUGGCAGCAUUUUACUCGGGACUUGCACCGGCCCUCCUCGGACUUACCCAUGUUGCGAUUCAGUUCCCAUUGUACGAGUACUUCAAACAACAGUUCACAGGUGUCGAAAUGGGGGCUUCUCCUACGUCUGCAUCGGAAGCACAAAACACAUUUGGCAUUUUGGCUGCAACCUUUCUUAGUAAGGUCUGCGCCACAUCCGCGACAUAUCCCCACGAAGUACUCCGCACACGACUGCAGACCCAACAGAGGCUGCACCCGGAGUACGCGCACAAUGGUGUAGGUAGACACAGUCAGAGUAUAUCCGGUUCGAGGAGAAUUGCGAAUACUGACGGCGUGCCGUAUCAGCCGCGUUAUCGAGGCGUGCUGGACACUUUUCGCAUCAUACUAAAGGAGGAAGGAUGGCGGGCAUUUUACAAUGGCAUGGGGACAAACAUGAUUCGAGCGGUCCCUGCUGCAAUGACAACGAUGCUGACUUUUGAGUCGAUCAAAGCUGCGCUGGGCAAGCUACAGGAAGAAGGGAGGGCGCUACAGGAGGAGAGCAGCUAAGGGAUGACAGUGAAGCGAGAACGGGGCGAGUUGAACGGACGCAAUUAUGUGGUUGGAGAACGAUGUGCACAUACGGGCGGCUUUGCAUAACACAGCGGCAUUUAUCAGUUCGGAUGUGGUAGACGAUACACUCCACCUGCGCAGCAUUGAGAGCGGCGUUUCUACAGCAUGGCGUUGAGGAGUAGUCGAGAAUGACUGCGAAGGCGCAGUCGACGGAACAUGCGUACGUAUUUCUAUCAAAAUUCUAAAUCAAACAGGUCCCUCACUUUCAGCUGUUGUCACAGAAAUGAGCCCAGCCGCUGGCAGGUUCCACGACUCUGGUCGCCUGACACCAUGUCAUCCCGUGCUCCGUGCGUCUCUUUCCGCCCAGCCUCGAGCACCGCAACCUCUUUCCCAACACCAGCUGAUCUACCGAUCACAAAGUGUCUUCGUUCAUCACCAAGCAGCGCCUGUCAUGGCACAACAAGCACAGCUCCGUCACGAUUAUUGGAAAGUCCGAGAUCACUCCCACCUGUCCGUGGACCAGAUCAAAAAUGUGCUAAACAAGCGGGGAGCACAAAUCACAUCAGACGCAAGCGAAGAGCAACUUCGCAAACAAUUACAACGCUCGGAGCUUGGGUUGCUAGAUUAUGCCCAAUGUAGCGACGAUGAGAUGCGAGAGUUCGUCAGAGCGAGAGGUCUGGAAGUGUCUAAAGGCUCGGCAGAAGGGAAUGGCGAUACCAGAGAAGAGCUGAUCGAAACUCUUGAGCAAGCAGACGAUCAGCGGACCUUUGCACAGUUCUUCGAGCUGCCAGGAGAAAUGCGAAACCGCGUGUAUAUCGCUCACUUCGCGGACUUCGAGCAACCAUUCUACGAGCCCAGCCAGCCACCGAUCGCACAUGCCAGCAAGCAACUUCGUGCGGAGACUUUGAAGCUUUUCUAUAGUGAAUGCACUUUCCGUGUGGCACGUUCUAUUACACGAAGCUCGCAUGAAUUCUGGGAGCACGUAGCCGUGGAACUUAUCGGUUGCAUCACCAAGCUACACAUCGGAGGCACACACAAGAAGAAAGA